GGAAAGCGAGAGCAUUAAAACGUUGACUGCCAGAGUGUGACACACUAUUCGAACGCAACCCACAAAAUGAAGUCUUACAAUUUCCGAUUAACUCUUCUUUUGAUCCUAAUACCAGCUGUGGUACAUCUAAAAGCUCAGGAAUAUUGUCCACCAGAGAAUUGUUUACCUCAAGAACAAUGCAACAGUACAGUAAGCAAUGCAUCUUGUCUCAAUGGCAAUGAAUGUUGCAGUAUAGUUAAAUCCGAAUACAGAACGCACUGUCAUCAUUUUUCUGGAAUUUGUAUGAACAAAUGUGGCGACGUAGUUACGGUAAAACAAGCUGUUGUCGAUUGUCAGGAAAAUGAACGAUGUUGUAUUUUAGUUUAAAUCACAUCAUACAACGGGUACGCGAGAUUUCAAAAGAAGAAAAA